UUCAUAACCUUUUACGAUUUUUAUACCUGUUUUUCCACUUUUUUCCCCUCGAGUGUAUUUAGAAAGAUUGUUAACGUUUCUAUUUUGUUAAAUUGUGUCAAAAAAAAACUAUCAAUGGAAUUGUAAAAGUGACUUACAAUAAGUUUAAAAGAACGUUAUUCUAAUUUACAAGGGAAAAAAAUACCUCUGUUUUUUUACUUUUUUUUGAAUUUUACUGCUUUACAUACAUAUAAUGAUCGAACAAGAGUAGGUGGCGUCGCAUAUGUAUAUUGAUUGUGUGCGUGGGGUGGCCGGCAAAAGCGAGGUAAAAGGCCGACAAAUGCCAGAAUAGUAACGGUUAUUCUCAAAUGUCCGUCAAAAAUUUACCUGGCUUGAAAAAAACGUUCAGCAUGAGAAGGAGAUGAUGCCAACUACCUCCUUUCCAUCGGGGACUUCCAACGAUGGGUCCGAGUGGGACACGUUGAUGGAAGUUCAUCACGAACCCAUAGAAAAGAAUUAUGAAUUACUUGAGGAAAUUGGCAAAGGGCAAUUUGCCGUUGUUCGAAAAUGCGUAGAAAUAAAAAGCGGGGCCGUUUACGCGGCAAAAAUAAUGAGAAAGAGAAGAGUUGCACGAGGAGUGGCAACAGCUGACAUUGCAAGGGAAGCUGGACUAUUGGCUAGAUUAAGGCAUCCAAACAUAGUUUCGUUGCACAAAGUUAUAGACACUGGUAAAACGGUUGUAUUACUUUUGGAAUUGAUUUCUGGAGGCGAAUUAUUUCAUUGGUCACCACCCAAUGAAUCUGAAGCAGCUCAUGUGGUUCGCCAAGUGCUAAUGGCGUUAAGUCAUUUGCACUCGCAUCAAGUGGCUCAUCUUGACAUUAAACCAGAGAAUAUUCUUCUAUUUACACCUCCACCCAUGCCUAAUAUAAAAUUAAUAGAUUUAGGUUUAUCGCUUCGAUUGACACCUGGUUCGCAACAUCGGGCACUUUUUGGAACACCUGAAUUUGUGGCACCGGAAAUUGUCAAUUACGAACCAUUAUGUUUAGGAACAGAUCUUUGGGCUGUUGGUGUAUUAACGUAUAUUCUUCUCACAGGCGCCUCACCUUUUUUGGGCGAGGACAAACAGGAGACGUAUUCAAAUGUUGCAGCGUGUAAUUAUCAAUUUGACGAGAACUUCUUCUGCAAAGUGUCCGAAGUUGCCAAGGACUUUAUUCGUUCGUUACUAAUUAAAAAUCCAAAAGAACGAGGGAGUGCAGAAUUGUGUUUGACGCAUCCUUGGAUUCUCACGGAAACGAAAGCUUCUCAAGGUCUCAGUGGAGCAAUGAUCAGUACUGUGAAGAGAGGAUGUGUCGAGGCAGUUUCACAACUUCUUCAGCAAGGCGCUCCGUUAGAUGUUAAAGACUCGAAAGAAGACACACUUCUACAUAUUGCUUGUGAAUGUGGUGACGAGGGAAUGACUGCACUUCUUAUCGAUAGCGGAAUAGAAUUAGACGUGGCCAACAAACAAGGACUGACUCCAUUGCAUAUAGCUGCUAGAAAUGGUUACAUCGACCUUGUAAGACUGCUCUGCAUUGCUGGUUGCGAUGUUAAUAAAACAAAUCACGGUAUUCGAGCGGACAUAACUGCUAUUAAACAUGGCCACACAGAGAUUGCGAAUUUAUUAGAUAAAUUAAGAAACCUAGCUCAACGCGAGAUGUACAUAAAGCAAUUGAAACCCACACAUAGGCCAAUAGAUCGUCUUCACAUUAGGCUUUUAGGUCAUUGCGCAUCCGGCAAAACAUCGUUAAUCAAUUCUUUGAGAUCGGGAAUCUUUAGUUUUGGAUUUUUCCGCAGAUCGAAGAGUCAAAAUUAUAAUUGUAAAAGAGAUCCAAGUAUUGAAUUGGAUGUGACGAGUAAACAUGGUUCCUUGAGUUUCGAGCAUAGCGACAAUGAGUACGAAAGCACUUUAGGUGUCGAAUGUAGCAAGGGAAAUAUCGGUGGCGAUUGCAUUUUCUGGGAACUUUGUGGACGUGAAGAAUUUCUCGUGUCUUAUCAUCAAGUUUUGACAUUUAAUCAGCCAGCGUUGCAUCUCAUAACAAUAAGUCUCCGUGAGCCAUUGACCGUUCAAGUACAACAAGCAAGAUUUUGGCUUCGUUUCAUCAUGGAUCGUAUACCACCGAAAAAUAUCGGUUUUGCAGGAAAAUGCGGCGAAGUGAAAGUUAUUUUAGUGGGAACUUAUGCGCCGGAGGCAUUAACAUCAAAUUCAAAUGGUGUCAAUCUACUAGGACCAUUGUUGCCUUGCUUAAAAGAAUUCACGCCAAUUUUAGGUGAUGAACCAUUAAUGGUUGCCUUAGACGCAACAAAUCCAUCGAGUCCUGGCUUAAAAAUUCUUCGCACUUAUUUAAAUAAUGCGAGAACGGAAUUUUUUGAGGUGAGAUCAUUACGAAACGAGCUGACAUUCUUUUUGGAUGGACCGGACGUUGCAGAAAGUUUUCUUCAUCAUGACACACUGCGCGCAGCGGCCAAGUACGUGCCUCUGACGAAUCUUGACAAACAGGGUGCAAUGGUGUGGACAGGUCUUGCCGAGGCGUGGAGAACACAUUUACAAUCUCUCGAGGAACCGCCGAUAAUGCUUAAUUUAAUUGAAUUUUUAAAUGAAGUUCGUAAAGUUAAUCCUCUCGUUUCAUUGGAACAUUGCAAACAUUUGGCGCAACAAUUACAAGCUUUAGGUGAAUGUUCUCUACUUCCUGACGAUUUACUUAUUCUUAAUCCCGAGUGGCUUUGGCGCGAUGUAAUUGGAUGGCAAUUGAAUCCGGAUCAACGUGGUCGACUCGGUGGACGAACGACGGGAGUUUAUGCGAUUGAAGAUUUCCAGGCCAGAUGUCCUUGUCCCGCUAAUCAAGCUCUCAGCAUAUUGCAGGCCAUUAAUCUUUGCAUUUCCUGUGAAGUAGAGGAUGAUGAACUGGAAUACGAACUUCCAUGCUUGAAUCUAAUUGAGAGAUUGCCGGGUUUAUGGGAACCUUGGAAAACUGGUUCAUCACUACUUCCACACGCUGGACUUCGUCUUUGCCCAGGCGAAGCUCGACUCUAUCAUCUCUCACCAAUUUUUCCCCAUUUACAAGUUCAAUUGAGAAAAAUAGCGCAGUCAUUGGAUCAAAAUGAAUCGGAUUUAUAUCAAUGGUGGCGUGGUUCGAAAUUUUGCAUUGGACCGUGCGAGAGUAUGAUUACUUUGGAGGAAGAGGAUCAGGGAUAUAUCGAGGUUCGAGUGAGAGGACCAAGAGGUUCAGGAGCUCAAUGUUUCUCUCUUAUUAAUAUAAUAAUUGAUGCCAUUGAAUUGUCACUCGAAACAGUUGCAUCCGGAAUGAUUCUUGAGAGGCACUGGCUAAGUCCUAGUCAAUUACGAGAUUACGAUGAGGUUAUACAUUCUUGGGAACCGGCUUUAAUUUUAUCGUCAUUAAUGGAGCGAAGUUUCGAGGAGGUUUGCUUGAAAAAUCCAUUUAAUGGAAAAAAGGAGAAUAUCUGGGAUAUUAUUGGCUGUGGAUUAGUUUUAUCGGACAAUUGCAUUCCGGGACCGAAACAAAUAGUGAAGAGUAUUAAACCAGGAGUUCAAAGACGUUUGGCUCAAUUACUUGAUCCGCCGGAUCCGCAGGGGCGAGACUGGUGUCUACUAGCCGUUAGACUUGGAUUAGGAGAUCGUGUUGCACAAUUUGACAGUACAAUCAAUAGUCCAACUCUCAGACUUCUUGGCUCGGCGGGAGCGGAUUGUACAGUGGGAACUCUAGUUCGUGAGCUUCGCGCUCUCGGCAGAGAAGACGCGGCUCAUCUUUUAUUAUCAUAUACACCAACAUACGUCCAAUUAACUUCGCAAGGCUCAGAGACUGGUUCCGAUCUUUCGAGAUGACCAUCUUGCCCACGUCGAUAACAAAAAACAAUUUCUAUUCUCACAUUAAAUAAUAAUAGUACUCGAAAUUCUCUAAAUUUUUCGUGCAUAAAAAUUAAUAUUUCGAAACAAAAAAUCUUCAUCAAUAGUAUAAUAUAAUCGAGCAUUUUUUUUACAUGUUUUCAUACUUUUUAAAAUCAUUAAAAAAAAAUCUAUUUGCUCGACGAUAUUUUAAUCGUCAAUAUCGAGAUUGCCAAUUUUUUUAUUAAUAAAAAUAUUAAAAAAAGCAAUUGAGAAUUAAAAAGGUGCUGUAGUUUUUGAAAUCAACUCGCUUUUUCAUGAUAUUCUUGACUACAAUAAAUUAAUUAGAAAUUUUAAUAAUAAUGACAAGAAUUUUGACACGUAAUUGAAAAAUUAUUGAAAAAUUUAUUGUUGUCAUUAUUAUUAAUCAAAGUAACAAAUUAUAGUAACAUAAUUAUUACCAAUUAAUUACAAUUUAUUGUAAUUAUACAAUUAUUACAUAUAUUUAAAAUACAAUAUAAUUCCCCAGUUAAGUUUUCUCAAUAUCAUUCUAUUUGUCGAUAUUUCACUGUUAAAAUUUCUAUGAUAAUCACAUUUAAAAUGAAACUGCACCUUCUUUAAAUAAUAUUUAAAGUAAACAAAAAGAAAAUAAUCUAUAUAUAAAAUAAUUGCAAAUCGUUAUAAAUCGUUGACCAUUAAUUUACGAUGGUUCAUUCAUUACAUCACAAUCAUUAAAUAUUUAAGAUAAAGAAUAAAUUGUCAAUGCAAAUUGAACAAUUUUUUUUUGCAUCGUUGCGUACGCAUUUUCUAUUAUGCAAAGACUUGAGCAACAUUCGACACCAAUUGUGAUACCGUGUAAUCGAAAAUGGCUUCUUAUAAACUUUGAAAUUAAUUUAGAAAAGAAAAAGAAAAAUUUUUCUAAUGUGCCAUAGAAAUUUUUCCAAAAAUAAUAAUAAUAUAAUUUUUAUUAUAAUAUUUAUAAUAAAUAAUAAUGUUAAUUA